AUGGCAUCUUUCUCCGCUUGGCUUGUCCUCAUCCUGGGGCUCGGGAUCGCUGGCGCCCUGGAUUAUAACAUUCAAAGUAACAGCAGCAAAAUCCUCACGGUCCUCAAUGGAUCCGCUCCGAUUCAAGAAUUACUUUACCACAUUGAUGUCUGGCGGAAUGAAGCAGCUUCAGCUGCUCUAGAAACUCCAGCUCCUUCCAAUCUGGAGUCCGUGAUUCGCUCUGAAGUUGGAGGCGAUUGGGAGCGGGGUAGACUCGUCCUGCAACUGGCGUAUAAAGCUAGGACCUUGGAGCUCAAAGAGGCCAUUUACACGGCUCUCUGGAAGGAGCUUCAGCAGACCAAGCAGAUCUACGAUCCAUCCAAAAUCCUUGAGUUCUACAACGAGCUGUCUCAGCAUUCGGAUGUGCCACUUGAACUUUUGGAACGUAUCUACAGAGCUUUCAUUGAUCGCAGCGCCCAGUUGCUGGAGGCACCAUUUCACACCAACAGUCGGGAGGCAACUUUCCCGUUGGUAAACUCCCUGGUACAUCGUCUUACCUUCAGCACAUUGGAUUACCUCAGGGACAUUCUGGAAGUUCUCUACGAUGCUGUAUUGGCCCUCGAAACACCAUUAAGUGUGGUCGAGCGACUGGGAAACUUCACGGCCAGUUUGACGCAAUUGGCUCAGGCUAAUCUUCAACUUCUUAGCAGGGAGGAACUGAAACGAGGCGAUCUACAGGUGCAGAAGGCCCUGCAAAGCAACCUCCGUAAUUUGCUGCAACAGCCUGGUUUUGAGCAGGAAGUGGGAUCCGCUCUGCAAGCGGAAAUCUAUGCACACCUUCCAAGGGAUGAGCAACUCCUGUACACAGCUCGCAAAGUUUGCAUCCGCAAUGUGACCGAUGGAAACUCGUAUAUUUACGAGUGCCCGCAGACUUAUCUGAUAUGCAGUAACGCCCGCGAUCCCAAAAAGGCUGCCUACUUCAUCCAACGUGGCCACAGCAACGACAGCCGACCGCAGUUUGCCUUCUACAGCGCUUUCUGGCGUAACCGCUACAUCCUCAUGGAACCUGCCAUUGCAGCCGCUGGCAAUAUCAGUCACUCCAUCACCAAAAACGUCUACAGCCGGACCAACAUUAGCUGGUGGCGAGUUAAGUACGAAAAUGGCGGAAUCUCCUUGCUCGAUGCAGCCACCGAGCAUUCCGUCCUUUGCGGUGGAGACCCGUCGCACUGGGAUGGCGAGGAGCACCAUGUUUACACACGCAACGCAUCGGAGCUUUCAGCUUAUCAGGCGGAGUGCACCUGGAGCCUGGAAGACUGCAGCGAUGCCGCCUAGCCGGAAAACAGAGAGGGAAUGUGGUGCAGCCUCAAUAACUAUAAAUUAUUGCUAUGUUUAUUUUGACUAAUAAGGCACAUGAGAAAAUCCAACUA